UACGACUCAGGGCUCCAUGAGGCGUCUACGUAUUGAUGUCUAUGCUUGUGAACACACAUGUUCAUCCAAAACACUGGAGGUGGGGAGAGCCGGUUAAAGUGACGAUCCAUAAGAUGAUAAAAUUACAAUCAGUCGGAUUUCUUUGGAUCAAGAUGAGAUACAUCAGUCUACUGCUGUUUCUGAUGUUAUUCUCUGGACAAAUUCAAGGUUCCACUGAGAUGAUCCAAAAUUUUCGACUGAUGAUUGGAAUCACUUUGAGGGAACAUGAUGAUUUUGAGACUAUAUCAUGGCUCUAUAAUUUAAUUACAAUCAUAGGAACAUGUUACUCGGGUGGACAAACAAUAAUAACCCAACCUUUCACUGGAAAAGUGGAGCUUCCUACUCCAACAUCGCUGAUAUUUACGAGUCCACAGAAAUCAGACAGUGGAGUUUAUUCUGCACUGGUGAGGGGAGAUCAGUCUAACACAGUAACCCUCUGCAAUCUCUCAUUCCAGGAUCCAGUGUGUCCAGGUGAGCGGAGAGUGGAUGUUAGCUCAAACUCCUUCUGUAGACUUGCAUCUACCUGCAGCAUGGGGGACGCUGAGAUCAAGAGCACUAUUAGAUGUACGAGCCAUGCCUGCCAUCAGGAGGGAGGAGAUAGGUCAAAGGUCACUAAAUCUGGGGUUUUCCUCAGACUCUACCUCUCAAAUUCAUCCAUCAUCUGUAGCCAUAGCAACCAGAUCAGCAAGACCCAAAACAAGAUGACGAUCCAGCCCAAUUCCACAUGUGAAGACCAAAAUAUGGAUACCACAGAUGCUGCUCCUGCUGUUUCUGCUGCUGUUGCUGUUCUUGCCAUCAUUGCUGUUGCUGGGCUGUUGUGCUGUCUAAGGAAGAAGAAGCUCUUUUGUUUUGCCCAGAGGCAGACAGAGUCAUCGAACUUGCAGAUGCUCCCUCCAGCUCCCCAAGUCAACGGAGAUCCUGGGUCUGAUCGCCUAGUGGAGAAAAACACUGAAGAGUCAUCUGUUUAAAAACACAGACCCUCGCUCUGGGCUGUACCACAACCCCCUGUCCAAAGCUUAUAAACACCAGAAAUAUGUUUUCCUGUAACUUUAGGUGACAGGUGGUGCAUACACACACACACACACACACAUGAUUGACAGAGCCAAUAUUCUCCUCUUGGCUCUGAUUGGUUGUUUCUGAUGGGAGCAAAGUAUUUCUGCUGAUGGCAGUAGGACUCAGGGUGGGAAUUGUUUACAAACUCUUUAUUCAAGUCCAAUCUUUUGGCCAAAUCAUGAUUUUCGAGUUGUAGCAAUUAUUCAUAAUGAUUUCUGCUUUAAUCUAUCAGUUUGCAAAGAAUCCUCAUUCAGUGUUGCUUUGCAACAAAUGGAGAGACAGGGAAUUCAUUUUAAUCAGUGAUUUAUACUUAUGGUACAUUGAAUUACGCCUUCUGCAUCCCUCUGUUUUGUUUUCAUGAAGCCAUCACAGGAAGUGCUACAUGUUUACGUGAACAGCUGCCUCCGUUUACAACGGCGUUGCAAUUUUUAUUGUGCAGUUUUUAGCCAUUUCACAAUCUUUGCAGUUAUUUUGCAAAGAAAUGUACAUAAUUUCUCUCUGUGUCUGAUAAACAUCCAGUAUUUGCAAUGGAGAGAGGAAACAAACUAGCCUGGUAAAGACCAGCCCCUUAUUCUAAGCCACUUGCUUUAUAGAGAGGGUCUGGACCCUCGGUUUCUGAGAAACGAUUGCUUCAUGUGUUAAAUUUUAACAUUUCCCCGUGACUUGUAUAACGUGCCAGUUCGACACUACGAAGCUUACCGGAAAUAACUUGCACUGUAAACAACCGUCCUCCACUGUGAAGAGAGAAGAGGCAAUCUGAACGAGGCUGCUGUUAAUUUUAACGCCUUAGCCCUACAUAGGACCACAGAGAGGAACCAGAUAUGCUGGACAUUGUUUCAUAAAUUAUCUGUUGGAAUGAAGUGACAGGUUGUUUUCAUGAAGGUUUAACGAGCACUUUUUAACCCAAAAUGCACCAGACAGAUAAGCAUUUUGAAGUGUUUGCACACCAGCUCUUCAUUAUUUAAAAAAAUAACUAUCUGUUGAGCCAGUAGUGCCUUUUGGGAGUAAUGUGAAUGUACUAACUACUGUGCAAUUUGAGAAUAUUUUUCUUGACUCUGUUUUUUCUUUAUUCUUAAAAAUGCCAAAACUUAAAAAAUGUGUACAACUGGAAAUCUUUGUCUGCAUUGCCUCACUUUCACAAAUGAAGGCAGACAUUGUGACGAGUUACAUGUUACUUCCAUGGCAUUUUUGUAUAACACUUUUUUUCUUUGUCAUUUUUUUUUUUUUGCUUUCUACUGUUUUAAAUAUAUUUAUACAUAUAUAUUAUGAAAUGUUAUUUAUAGAAGGUACUACUAGAUAUGUCCUUUUGGGUUUAUGGAUACACAUUUUUGCAGCAUUACGUCAUCAUUGCCAAAAAAAGUGAAGCAUUAAUAAAUUAAAUGUUUUAUGAAAACAUCUAUGAAUAAACUCUGUUUGGACAUUU